AUGGGCUGGUUUGGGCUCUUCGGCUCUGAUAGCAACCAUGAGCAGUCCAAGUCUGACACUCCAUCGACAUCUCAAAGCAAUGUAGCUCUUACAGAAGAGCAGCGACUACGAAUCUUCGGUCGCCCAGGACCAGCUCAAACUGAACACAAGACAUCUCGCGGACACGAUGACGAUGCGGAAUUGAACGACCUGAUAAAAGCCUUCGAGGCUUCAGAAACUCCCUCAUCAGAUCAAAGAAGCGCGCCGUCAGCACAAGUAAAAGCAAAGGCAAUCCCGAAACAACACUCCCGCCUCCUCCCAGACGGAGGUCUCGAUAUCUCCCCCGAAGCAGUCUAUCCCAGAACAAUGUCGUGUCGACAACAAUUCGACCAAGCAUACUACUGCCAAUCCCUCGGAGGAAAAUUCAACGACAUUUACAGAUACGGGCAUAUCAAGAGCUGUUCGGAACAAUGGGGCGCUUUUUGGUUUUGCAUGAGGACGCGCACAUUACCGGAUCAUGAGCGGGAAGAGGAGAUUAAGAAUUUUUAUCAGAAGAGGGAUGAGAGGCGGAAGGCGGAGCAUGGGUCUAGUGAGGAUAUUUGGGAGAUCAGGACGAGGGCUGUGGAGAAGGCUUUUUGGAAAGAUCCGGAUGAUGAGGGCGGGGGGGAUGUGAGGGCGAGAGAGUGAGAGGGUUUUCUGGCGAUGGAGAUGAUGGCAAUGUGGAAACGGUUCUCUCCCCGGAGAUUCGUGGUAUCUUGAGGCGAGGUGCAUGAGACCUCAAAGGGGCGACCGCGAUGCAACAUCAUGCCUCCUGCCGCGAGGCAGAACGCAGAUGACCAAUGCUGUGUUCAGACCUCGCAGCAAGCCCGAGAAAGGGGUGUCGAAGGGUGGCAUAUGGUCGCUGAACGGAUUGACGCGUGAGAGAGGGGUUGGGAGAGGUGUAGCAGAAUCGUAGGAGAGAAGGCGAUGAAUUGAAUAUCGCAACCAGUAUCGUAGUACUGAUGAAAGCUACAGAUACAUAUACAUCAUCAUGACCCGGGUGGCCUCAUGAGGCUAUCAAUCUUGUCG